CAAAAACCCGAAAAAAACCCUCCUCCCUCUUCGCUUUCGUUUAGCUCUUCCCUUUGUACACGCCGCUCUCAAUCCCUUCCCCCUUUCUCCUCGGCAACUCAAACACUCCCCACCCUGAUCAUCUUUCUGGUAUUUUUGUUCUUAAUGAACACAUUUAUAUCCGCAUCUUCACCUUAAAGAAUUUGAUCCAAAAACAUGGCAAAUUUUGCCAGAGCUGAGAAUGCAUUAAAACGAGCUGACGAGUUGAUAAAUGUUGGGCAGAAGCAAGAUGCGUUGCAAGCUCUUCAUGAUUUAAUUACCUCGAAACGGUAUCGAGCUUGGCAAAAAACACUCGAAAGAAUUAUGUUUAAAUAUGUAGAACUUUGUGUUGAUAUGCGAAAAGGUCGCUUUGCAAAGGAUGGUUUGAUUCAAUACCGAAUUGUAUGUCAGCAAGUUAACGUUAGUUCAUUAGAGGAAGUUAUCAAACACUUCAUGCAUCUUUCCUCUGAGAAGGCUGAGCAGGCUCGUACUCAGGCAGAAGCCUUGGAAGAAGCUCUUGAUGUAGAUGACCUCGAGGCAGAUAACAGACCUGAGGAUUUGAUGUUAAGUUAUGUUAGUGGAGAGAAAGGAAAGGAUAGGUCGGAUCGAGAACUUGUUACACCUUGGUUCAAGUUUUUGUGGGAGACGUAUAGAACUGUGCUUGAAAUUUUGCGGAAUAACUCAAAGUUGGAGGCUCUAUAUGCGAUGACAGCACACCGAGCAUUCCAGUUUUGCAAACAGUAUAAACGAACAACGGAGUUCCGGAGGUUGUGUGAGAUUAUAAGAAAUCAUUUAGCAAAUCUUAACAAGUAUAGAGAUCAGAGGGACAGGCCUGACCUAUCUGCGCCAGAGAGCUUGCAUUUGUAUCUUGAUACAAGAUUUGAGCAACUUAAGAUAGCUACUGAACUCAAACUCUGGCAGGAAGCUUUUCGAUCUGUUGAAGACAUUCAUGGAUUGAUGUGCAUGGUUAAGAAAACCCCCAAAUCUUCAUUGAUGGUUGUUUAUUAUGCCAAGCUGACUGAAAUCUUUUGGAUUUCAGCUAGCCAUCUCUAUCAUGCUUUUGCAUGGUUUAAGCUUUUUACACUUCAAAAAAACUUCAAUAAAAACUUAAGCCAGAAGGAUUUGCAAUUGAUAGCAUCGUCAGUUGUUUUGGCUGCUCUAUCAGUGGCUCCUUACAAUCAAACACGUGGAGCAUCACACCUGAAGCAUGAAAAUGAGAAAGAGCAUAGAAUAAGGAUGGCGAAUCUUAUAGGAUUUAAUCUUGAUCCUAAAGUUGAUAACAGAGAAGUGGUUUCAAGGUCAUUGCUUCUCUCGGAACUGGUCUCAAAAGGUGUACUUAGUUGUGCAACUCAGGAAGUGAAAGAUCUUUAUCAUCUUUUAGAGCAUGAAUUUCUGCCUCUGGAUGCUGCAUCGAAGAUACAACCUUUGUUGACAAAAAUCUCAAAACUUGGUGGAAAGCUGUCUUCUGCUUCAUCUGUACCAGAAGUUCAACUCUCCCAAUACAUUCCUGCCCUUGAAAAACUUGCUACUUUGAGGUUGCUUCAGCAGGUGUCUCAGGUUUUUCAGACAAUGAAAAUGGAGAGCUUGUCUCAGAUCAUUCCCUUUUUUGAUUUUUCAAUGGUGGAAAAGAUUUCUGUUGAUGCUGUUAAACAUAAUUUUAUUGCUAUGAAAUUUGAUCAUAUGAAGGGCAUUGUGGUGUUUGGUAAUAUGGGUCUUGAAUCUGAUGGGCUGAGGGUUCACUUGACUAAUUUUGCUGAAUCUUUGAAUAAAGCAAGAGCCAUGAUACACCCCCCUGUGGAGAAAGCAUCAAAACUAGCUGAAAUCUUGCCAGGCUUGGGCGAGGUUGUAGAUAAGGAACACAAAAGGCUUCUUGCUCGAAAAUCAAUCAUUGAGAAAAGAAAGGAAGAACAAGAACGGCAACUGUUGGAAAUGGAACGAGAGGAGGAGUCAAGGAGGUUGAAAAUGCAGAAGAUAACUGAGGAAGCAGAACAGAAGAGGCUUGCUGCUGAGUUUGAGCAACGGAGAGCGGAAAGGAUUCGUCAGGAAAUAGAGGAGCGGGAGCUUGAAGAAGCACAGGCACUACUGGAGGAAACUGAGAAGCGUAUAAGAAAGGGUGGGAAGAAGAAAUCGAUUUUAGAAGGGGAGAAAUUGACAAAGCAAGUCUUGAUGGAGCGGGCCAUGACUGAGCAGCUCAAGGAGAGACAGGAGAUGGAGAAGAAACUGCACAAACUUGCUAAAACAAUGGACUAUUUGGAAAGGGCAAAGAGAGAGGAGGCAGCUCCCUUGAUUGAAGCUGCUUUUCAACAACAACUAGUGGAAGAGAGAGUGCUUCAUGAACGUGAGCAACAGUUGGAAGUUGAGCUGAGCAGACAGCAUCAUGAUGGGGAUCUGAGAGAGAAGAACAGGCUAGCACGUAUGAUGGACAAUAAGAUAAUAUUCCAGGAAAGAGUGAUGAGUUGUCGGCAGGUCGAGUUUGACCGACGGAGAGAAGAGAGGGAGGAGAGAAUCAGUCAAAUAAUUCAGGCACGGAAGAAGGAAAGGGAGUUUAAGAGAAAGAAAAUAUUCUAUGUGAGGUCUGAAGAGGAGAGACUGAGAAAGCUACACGAAGAGGAAGAAGCUCGUAAACUUGAAGAGGCAGAAAGACGAAGGAAAGAAGAAGCUGAACGCAAGGCAAAAUUGGAUGAGAUUGCUGAAAAGCAGAGGCAGAGAGAACGAGAAUUGGAAGAAAAGGAAAGGCUGAGAAGGGAAGCUCUUUUAGGAAGAUCAACUGAGGGGCUCUCCAGGCCUUCUGAGCUUCCUGCUGGGUCCCACCCAUCUGAACCUGGAGCUGCUGCUGCACCCACCACUGGGAAAUAUGUGCCUAGGUUCAAGCGAGAGAGAGCCGUAGGCUCUGGACAAGCCCCACCUUCAGAAUCUGAUCACUGGGGUAGUGGCAGUCAGGCCCCACCUUCACAAUCUGAUCGCUGGGGUAGUGGCAGCAGGGCACCACCUCAGGAUCCUGAACGUGUAGGCAGUGGUGCUAGCAGGCCCCUCCCUCAUGAUUCCGAUCGUAUGGGUGGUAGCAGGGCUCCUCAGGAGCCUGAUAAAUGGGGUGGUAAUAGCAGCAAGACGGAACCCUGGCGACCAUCAAGGGCCAGGAACCCACCACGUGGUUGAUCUGUCUGCUGCUUCUUAUGAGUUUUGUGCCAAACCAUUCAUUCCUUUUUGGCGAUACAUGCUUAAGUAUCUGUGGCAACUUGAGGAAGAAUUUAUAUUAAUUGAGGAUUUGAAGACCUGGUAGUGUUUAAUUGUUUAUUUUUCUUUUUAACUUCUCUUUUUGUAUGGCAAGCCCAAGGAACAUUUGUUGUAUGGACUUCGAGAAUUUACAGGAGUGGGAUUGUUUCUUCUCCCCUGGAGUUUUGAAGUUGCAA